UUCGAUCAGGCCACGUCAACCGGCACAGUUAGUGACUUCGUUGCUGUAACCCGUAUUGAGUUUUUCAGCUGUUUCGUUAGACUUCUCCCGUGAAGAUGGGUAUUCGCCGACGUCCAGGACAGAAGAGUCCGCCGAUACUUAGUCACGAAUUCAUUAUACAGAACCAUGCCGAUAUUGUAUCGUGUGUGGCGAUGGUAUUCAUCGUAGGUUUGAUGUGUCAGUUUUCGGCUCCGUUUGCAUCCUUAUUCGUUGCGAUGCAACACAAUCAUGUACCCCCUACGGAAGAAGAACUUCAAGAAGAACCAGCGGCCGAAUUUCCGCAACUUUACACUUACGGCGUCAAGGAUCUAUGUGCCAUCUUCUUCUAUUUCCUUAUCUGCAUAGUCAUGCAUGCAGUCAUUCAGGAAUAUGUUCUUGAUAGGCUGAACAGGCGCAUGCACCUCUCCAAAGUGAAGCACUCCAAGUUCAACGAGUCCGGACAGCUGCUGGCUUUCUACACGGUGUCCGUCAUCUGGGGCAUCGACAUCAUCUUGCGCGAGAAGUACGCUCACUACAUCGGCGUGCUCUGGGAGGGAUACCCGCACAACCUGAUGCCGUUCGUCAUCAAGUUCUUCUUCAUCGUCCAACUCGCAUACUGGCUUCACGUGUUCCCCGAGCUCUACUUCCAGAAGACGAAGAGGGAAGAGAUGGCCGCAAAGGUCCAGUACGGACUGCUGUACCUGCUAUUCAUCGGCACCGCUUACAUCCUCAACUUCACGCGCGUCGCGCUGUGCCUCACCGUUCUGCACUACCUGGUCGAGGGCAUCUUCCAUUUCUCGCGCCUCAUGUACUUCUCCGACAAGAACGACGUGGCUAACGUCGGAUUCAUGAUCUGGGACGUGCUGUUCGUUCUCGUCCGUCUCGGCACCAUCACACUGUCCGUGCUGACCUUCUGGUAGGGCCUCGAGCAGACGGACAGGCAAGCGUGGACUUCGACGCCGGCAACUU